AUGGGAAAGUCUAGUAAAAAAGCCAGGUCAGAUCGCAUUAACGCUUUACGGAAACAAUAUGACACUUUCCUAGAAGAAGACAGAAGGCGAAAAAAUAGAAAUGAAUACAUAUUGGGUUGGCUUGACAGGGUUCGCAGCACAUCGUCUUUAUCGACAGCAAGAAUCCAGCCAACAUCAUUCGAAACACAAAAACCAAACUUCGCACCACAGCUCGAUUAUGUACCGAAACAAUCUCCACUAGCAUCUCAUCAACUUAAUAUUAAACACCCAUCAAUUGUAAAUUUAGACGAUUCCAAAAUUCUGCAGGAAGUGAGCAAGAAGUACAUAUUGAUUCCGAAGAAAACUCGCGUAUACGACACAGAACCUGACAAUACACAAUACGUACAAAACGUUCCCAGUGAAAUUAACAGUGAUAAAGAUUGGAAAAGUAAAUAUAACAUUCUAAAUGUCUUAAAAAAUAAUGAAAAGAAUGAAAGUUCUGAAAAGAAAGAUAUAGACAAACUUAUCAAAGGCGUUGAAGUGCCAAAAGUGGAAGCUGAGUCAUAUCAGAGAAAUAAAUUAUAUGAUGAAACUAUCAAUAAAACACAGAAUAAUUAUGAGCAAAGUAUCUUCAAAAACGAAGAUGAAGACAUUGUUCCUGAUUCCAUGAGUGGCAAGACUAAAGAAGUAAAUAAUCUGAACACUAGCCACCACGAUUUGGAUACGGAACCCGUGCAAGAGGGCAUAGAGUAUCAAAGUAACAUUAAGAAAUUAGAAUUCACUAAAGCGCCAGAAGUGAAUGGACCUUUGAAAUUAAAAGAAAUUAAGAACAAUGGUAACAAUUUGCCUAAUAAUAUUUUAAUAGAAAAACAUCCAGAUGUGGAUAGUACUAUGGUACCGCAAGCAUUUAUAGCGCCAACUGAAAAUAUAAUAAAACUUGAGGAACACCAAUAUACAAAUCUUGAGACUCAAAAUGACAAUAGUCAUGAACCAAUAUCCACACUACCAAUAGACAGUGAAGAACCCAUUGUACAAAGUUACGAGAAUAAUGAUUACCAAGAAGAUCAGAUAAUACACAAAGAAAACCCUAUAGAUUCGGCAAAUAAAUUCAAUGAGCCUGAAGAAACGGAAUCUAGAUCAUCGAUCCAAAAAGAUUCCGUUAUAUGCGAAGAUAAUUCUAUGUAUGUACCAGAAUCAAAUGAAAGUCACGAAGAUCAAAUUAAUGAAUUUGAAACCGAACAAAGAGAACUAUUCUAUUCUGAAGAGCCAGAUGUAAACUACGCCUAUGAUGAAAAAGUAGAUAAUAACGUAACUUACGAAAACAAUGAAUAUUCAUAUUAUGAAGCUACUAAAGAAGAUCCAAAUCAAUAUACAGCCGGAAUCAAUGAACACGAGGAAGCGACAGAACGCUACGACCCUAAUUAUGAACAGCAAUACGUAAAUUCGUAUGAAGGAAAUGUUUUGCAAAAUGAGUAUCCCAAUGAGCAAUUUAUUCAAGAUCCCAGUGAAUACCAACAGCAACAAUAUUACGACAAUUACGAACAACCAUUACAGGGCACCACCCUGACAGACAACCAAGAGUACGAAAAUACAGAAUAUAACGUGACCGCAAAUGCGAGCCAAGAGGCAUAUGUAGAUGACUCUUAUAAGCAGAAUUUUAAUACCGACGAAAAUCUACAAAAUGUAACUUUAGAGCAAAUUACUGAACAGCAACUAAAUAUAGAAGAUGGCUAUACUGAAAAUCAACCCCUUUCCGAGGUGAAUCAAGAAGUAGCUCAAAGCACUAAUUUGGAAACUACUAUUAUAGCACCAUAA